CACUUCAUCACUUGUCUAUUCACGGCUGCAAAAGAACCUUUUCUGAACGACAACCAUAUUACUUCUCAGCAGUGCCAUGUGCGCCUCUUGAAAGGCCUUGAGCGCUUGCCCAGAUCCUUGGUCCCCUAAACUCGAGGGCAGCUGAGCCGGCGCCAACUCGAACGGCGUCAUUCUAGCAUCAAAGCUUUCCCUCGAGCUCCAGCAAUCGUCGGAACCCUACUCCAUUUUCCCAUACAUAUCCUCCAACAAACCCUCACUCGUUCUGGCAGGUUUCGUACCCUUCCACCAUUAGAACACUAUGAAUAAUCCUCCCCACGGCCCUCCGGUCUUCGAUCGCGAUCGCGAACGGGAAAUGGACGAUCAGCGUAGAGUACAUGCCCUCGCGGCGCAACAAGAGCUUGUACAACGGGAACGAGAACAAAAUGAACGUCAGGAAAGAGAACGUCAGCACAGAGAACAUUACCAACCUGCGCCUACCCAUCAGAACGAUACUGCCUCGAUUCCUCUUCAUCAGCCGGUUGCUUCGCGUCUGCCAGGAGCCAUACAUUCUCCUGGUGGUCUGCUUGCAAAUCAUGGCGGUGCCCCUCCUCCAGGUCCUCUUGGUGCACCCAGUGGACCAGGAAAUGCUUUUGGCGGCCCUCUUCAUAACGAAGCCAGCCGUCCAAUUCAACACAACCCUCAAAAUCCACCGACCCAGAUUCAGCAGCAACAAUCGUUCGGCCCAACCCUCAUACACCAUAAUUCUGCGCCUCCGAAUGUCCCAAUCGGCGCCCCUGGAGGAGCAGGAUUUGGUCCACCUCUUCAACAGCAGCAACAACAGCAGCAACAACAGCAGCAGGCGGCGCAGCAACAACAGGAGGCGGUUUCACGGUUACAACAACUUCCAUUUGGGGCACCAAUUCCACAAGGACACCAAAUACCAGGAGGUCCUCCUCAAGUACUUGGCCAAGGAGGUGUUGGUGGGCAGCAACCCAUUUUGAAUGUAGGUCUUUUUCAUGUGUCGUGUAUACAUUUUGUGGUUUAGUAAACAUUACUAUACCUACUGUUCUCGCUACGUGGGUGGUGGCAACUUGCCAACGCCCGGCGCGGUGUCAAACCUGGGGAAAGAUAUUCACUCAACCAUCAAAACUCAUGGGAUACACUAGCGAUUGGUAGUCCCAGUCAUCAGUGCCGUCUCUCUGGCUGUUUUGUUUGGUUUCAUGUGGAAAUUUCUCGGUGAUGGACAUGGCCAACUUUGACCAUUCGCGUUCUCCGCGCUUGACCCCUCAUUUCCCCCCCUCAAACACAAAACAAAAACAGAAUUCCGACUAAUACCAUCCCAGGAUGCGUUGAGUUAUCUUGAUCAAGUCAAGGUCCAAUUUGCAGACCAACCAGAUGUCUACAACCGGUUUCUUGAUAUUAUGAAGGACUUUAAAAGCCAAGCGUAAGAAACCCUCAUACUAUACUGACUAAGCAAGAAAAAUGAUGAAGGAAAGAAACUAACUGGCACUACCAGUAUCGACACGCCUGGCGUUAUCAACCGGGUCUCGGAUCUCUUCGCUGGUCAUCCAAAUUUGAUCCAGGGAUUUAAUACAUUCCUACCACCAGGAUAUCGCAUUGAAUGUGGAGCUGGCAACGAUCCCAACACCAUCAGAGUUACUACUCCUAUGGGUACCACGGUCCAGUCCAUUACAGGAAACGGUCGCGCUGCUUUGCCAGAUGCAGUCAUGGGCCAAGCUAAUCCUACCGGCGGCUACUAUAGCGCGCAACAGCGUCAUGGCAAUUGGCAACAGCAACCUCAACACAGCAUUGAAAGUCCGGAAGCUGUUUUCAGUCCUCAAAAUCAAAGUAUUGCUCCUGCGUACAAUCAGAAUCCAACUCAGCACUCCAGCUACGAAGCGCAGCAAGCUGCCGCUGCCGCGCAUCAACAACAACAAAGAGGUGUAUCGCAACUUACCAAUGCUGUGGCAACUCUAGGUCAUCCUCCAAGAAACACUCAAACUCCAACGCCUGGUGGUCAAGCUGGAAUGAAUGGCGGUGGACAGCAAGGUCUUGAAAAGCGAGGUCCUGUUGAGUUCAACCACGCGAUCAGUUAUGUGAAUAAGAUAAAGGUAAAGUUGAAGUGUCCAAACCUCCUCCCUUCAUUAGCGAUCUCUCUGCGAUUGGUCAGCUGCCUGCAGCUGUCGGAUAGAAGACGGAACCAUAUUCACCUCACAACGUUCUCUUCGCGCUACCUAUCACUAGACCUCUACUAAUCCCUGUCACAGAACCGCUUUCAAGACAGACCUGAGAUUUACAAGCAAUUCCUUGAGAUUCUUCAAACAUAUCAGCGGGAAUCCAAACCCAUCCAGGACGUCUACGCGCAAGUUACGCACCUAUUCAACACUGCCCCCGAUCUUCUCGAGGAUUUCAAGCAAUUCUUACCAGAGUCUGCUGCGCAGGCAAAGGCCGCCGCCGCCGCGAAGCUCGCCGCAGAGCAAGAAGCCGCAGUAGCAAUGACGGCAAACCAAACACCUCAAACCUCGUACGCAAGAGGAGAAGCAAAGAUGCCUCCAGUUGGCAACUUUGCAGUUCCUGCCAGUACAAGCAAGGACAACAAGAAGAGAUCUCGAAUCAAUGCCACUGCGCCAUCUGCUGCUCAAGGCAACAUGAUGGGGGAGUCUUCUCGAAGCGCAGGUCCAGGCGGAUCAACGAAUAAGGUAUGUAUCAUCCCAUUCUCGCUCCAAUGCGACUUCAAUCAAUCUACUCUGAUCUCUGGACGUCUACUAAUAUGUUCAUUCUCUCAGAGAGCCAAAUUAAGUCAUAACAAGCAAAGCGCGCCAGAUGCUCCUGCUGUAUCGCCCACAUUGACUCCUAUCCUACCUGAACCGCUCCCACCGACAACCACGUCGGCUGCUUCCACCGAGGAACUGGCCUUCUUUGAUCGCGUCAAGAAAUUCAUUGGCAACAAGUCGACGAUGAACGAGUUUCUCAAGCUUUGUAACCUAUUCUCGCAAGAUCUCAUCGACCGCAAUGUUCUCGUACACAAAGUCAGCAUGUUCAUCGGUGGUAACCCAGAUUUGAUGGGCUGGUUUAGAAAUUUUGUUGGUUGGGAGGGUAACGAUGAGAUCAUUGACAAUCGACCAGAACCACCUACAGGACGAGUCUCAUUGAGCAACUGCAGAGGCCUGGGUCCAAGCUAUCGAUUGCUGCCAAAACGAGUAAGUUCACCUCAUUUCACUUUUCAUUUUAAUUCCAUCUGUCACGUGCAAGUUUGCAAUUGGUGGCUGGGUGAAAUCUUGUCUUUGUGAAUUCAUCUCAAGGUGAAGCUAUUCAUGAGCAAGAUUUCUCGCCAAAAAUCCCUACGCCGCUUUAUUCCCAGCCCCCUCAUCCACCAGCAACCCUCACCUUCAACCUCGACUUGAAAAUUUCAAUAAUUUCCCAUGACAAAUUUCUCCACACAUCCUGCAACCAUGAGUGCGCAAAAUCCACCUGAAGCUGUUGCGGCUUUGCCCGAAGGAGGUGAUGCAUUAAAGGAAGAUUUUCGACAUGCGUGCCAGUGCUCGUCAUUCCAAUUUCCUACAUCAAAUCUACGAGAGAGCGAGGUUUUUGAGCCUGGCAUCGACGGAAACUACGCAUACAUUCCCCAUGGCAAAUGUAUCAAGCGCAAAUAUGCUGAAGUCGAGGCUGCUCCGUCCACUUCUCAUACCCGAGUGGCGAAGAGGAAACCCAAAGAACUCGAGAAGAUCUUUGAGGACAAAAAGAUUCUUGAGGACAUGAAGAAUCGGGCUAACAGUUAUCAGGAGCGCCUAAAGCCAUGCAGUGGAAGAGAUGAGAUGUGCAACGAGGUACUCAACGACGACUGGGCAUCUCACCCAACCUGGGCAUCAGAGGAUUCUGGUUUUGUCGCUCAUCGCAAGAACAUGUAUGAAGAAGCUCUCCAUCGAAUUGAAGAGGAGCGCCACGAUUACGACUUCAACAUUGAGGCGAACGCCAAGGUUAUCCAACUUUUGGAACCAAUUGGACAGCAACUACUUGCGAUGAGCUCUGAAGACAGAAUGACUUUCCGUAUGCCAAUUGGUCUCGGUGGUCAGAGCCAGGCAAUCUACAAGCGUGUGCUUAAAAAAAUCUAUGGCGACCGUGGUCCAGAGGUUGCUGCAGAUCUGUUCAAGGAUCCUUCUGCAGUACUUCCAAUUGUUUUGAGCCGACUCAAGCAAAAGGACGAGGAGUGGCGAUUUACACAGGUAAGCGCCUUAUGCCGUGCAUGUCUGUUCUUUUGCUAAUAUAUUGUAGCGUGAGUGGGAGAAGGUUUGGCAUGCUCAGACUGAAGCCAUGUACCUCAAGAGUCUUGACCACAUGGGUAUUCAAGCCAAGCAGGCCGACAAGCGCAAUUUCUCGAUCAAGCACCUCGUAGAUGCAAUCAAGACAAAGCACGAAGAACAACGACGCCAAAGAGCCAUUCGAGGCAGAACCUUGAGAUAUCAAUUCGCAUACGAGUUCGAUGAUCAAGCAGUCAUUAUUGAUGUUCUCCGCUUCGUCAUGAUAUAUGCCGCCAACUCAGUUAACCACGGCCAUCAAGAACGACGCCGCAUCUUUGAAUUCUUUGACAAGUUUUUCACAACCUUCUUCAGUCUCCCUGCCGAGGAAAUUGCCGCCAUCGCAGCUCAGAUUGAACGUGGAAUCCCUGAUGACGAAGAUGAUGAUGCAGCACCCGCCGAAUUACCAAAUGGCGGCCGUGGUCGACGACAAGUCAAUGGAAAGAAGAAUGACUUGCGACGAGGUGUUCUUGACAAGGGACGCAAUGGAGCAAAAGGUCGUGCGCAAAAGGAAGGUAGCGCCACAGGCAGCAAAGAGUCAACCCCUGACGUCGAGUCGCUUGGAGAGGAGGAGGGACAGGAGAUUACCGAAGAGCAAGUCGCCGAGGAAGUUUCAGAUGAUAUCUUGUUCUCAAAUCUCCCUCUUCCAACUGCGGUUGUAGGAUCCAGACCACUUUCUGAGAACGACUUUGGUGCCAAGCCUGACCGACCAUACCAACGUGAUGAUUACAGACUCUACGGCAACCAGACAAUCUAUGCCCUCUUCAGUAUAUUCCAAACCCUCUACCGAAGAUUCAAGGAUGUUAAGGAAAGCGAGGAGGAGGCUCAAAAGGAAGGGGCGCGUGCUCUGCAGAACAAGCCAGCUCAUGGUAUUGCUCUCAUUCCAAAACGAGAAGAGGAACGCUUGGCUCCUGGUGAGACUUACUACUCCAGAGCUCUUACACUUGUCGAGGCCUGCAUCUCAGGAGCUGCUACUGGUGGAACUGUCGAGGAUGCCAAGUAUCAAGAUUGGCUCCGUCGUCAUUAUUUGAGCAAGGGUUGGACACUUUACACUAUUGGUGAUCUUUUGAAGACUCUGUGCAGACUUGGCUCCGUUUGUUCGGGUGUCGAUGCCAAAGAGAAGACCCCUGAGCUCAUUGAGCAAUUUUAUCGCAACCGAGAGAACAAGGAAACCACCUACAACUUGGAAAUCAAUAUGCGCAAGCAGGCCGAGAAGUACAUCAAGGAUGGCGAACUCUUCCUUGUCAACUGGGUAUGACAUUAUCAAUCUUAAUUUAUCAUCUGGACAUAUUACUAACAUUGCAAUAGAAUCCGAAGAAGAAGGAAGCCACCUGCAAAUGGGUCACCAGAGAAGAAACAACAUUUGAUAUGGACGAGAUGGAACGCGUUGAACGUUGGCAAUAUUACGCUUCAUCCUUUGCGCGAUAUGAGCCCACCGAAGGUGUCAAGCGUAGCGAUACAUCCAUGACCGCCCUACCACGCCACGUGCGACCAAGCUUCGAAGUGGAAAUGAUGGGUGUGCUCCCAAAGCCUGUUGCAUACAUGGAAGAUCUCUCACUGCGAAUUUGUGUCAACACCUACAAGAUGCUCUACAGAUACCCCGGCUCUGAGUAUAUGAUUUAUACCGACAAGCCUCUCGCCACAGAUCCUGUUACCAAGGUUAGCGCGGCCCGUGAGCGACUUUCACAGGCCGAAACCAACCGAACCCAACGAUUCAAGGAGAAGUUCGAGAUGAAUAACAAAUGGAUGAAGGACUUGAACCACGAUCAAGUAUCGAAAAUCACCAUGGACUUUAAGAGAUGGACUGAAGAGGGUAUUCUUCCUUGUCAAUCCCCUAAGAAUGCCGCCGAGGAUGUUGAGAUGGAACAACCAUAGAGUCAAGAAUUUUCUCACGUCGACAUCUCGGCUUCUUCAUCUUCUGGAGUUUAUUGGCGGAGUUUACGGUUGCUUACGGAUUCUUGACAAAGUACAUAAUUGCAUGGCAUGGUCAAUUUUAUUGCAUUCAGUGCUUGGUACUGAUUGAGCGUGCAUUGCACGUGACGCAUCAAGGUCGGAUGGCGUUUAUUUUCGUGGUUGAACAAAUGGGUACAGACUUUACGUAUCCGAUGACCUGUUUCCUUAUUUCAUUUUUCAUUUUCUUGUUUUCAUUUUCUUGUAUUGCUGUCUUGGCUCAGAGAUUUUGCGAUUCCAGUGGCCCUCUAGGGCAUGGCAUUGCAAUACAAGUACUGGUAAUCGAGAUAGUAGGAAGCUUUCUCGUAGCUUGUAGGGUGAUUCGCCUAUUUUGGUAGAUCUUUCCCUGCAAGCCUUCACCUCACUGCUUGCUGUUUCUUUAUUUCCUUUGUCCUUUUUUGCUUUUACUUUGGUACAUGGGUGGAGAUAUGGGCUCACAGUUUGUUUUCCGGGGUAGAUCAAUUGAUGCUUGCUUUCUGGCCAUGAGAUGGGGUUUGUGGUGCGUAGGACACAAACUUUGUUGGAAGGCGGCGGCUGGCUAGAUAGAUAGAUGGGAUGUACAUUAGGAAAUUGCGAUAGGGCUAUCCAUAUUUUA